UUUGACUCGGGAUGUUUUAGUUGAUGUUCAUGACUUAAAACAUUCUGCUAACAUCUGGGCUAGACUUCAAACUCGGUUCAUGUCUGCCAGUUUACCCCGGUGCAUGGAACUUAAACAGUUAUUGUCAAACAUGAAGAAGAAAGACACUCAGUCUAUGGAAAGUUACUUGAGAGAAAUCAAGAAUCUAGUGGAUGCUCUUGCUGCUAUUAAUUCCCCUGUCUCGGAUAAAGAGCUUAAUCAGUCUAUUUGGCUUGCUUGGGACCGGAUUAUCGCGCUCUUAUCAAUACUGUCUCGUUGUUUACUGAUAAUUUCCCUUUUGAUAUUAUGCACCCUCGUCUACUGGAAGAAGAGCAACAAGUGCUUUAUGAGCGUCAGCAGCAAUCGGGGGCCGGUCAUCAAUCAUUUGCGGUGGCUGCCGCACCUGGUCCUCCACCGGCAGCACAGGCUUUCCGUGGCAGAGGGGGCCGCGGACGUGGCGGUCACGGCCGUGGACACCCGCAGCGGUACGGUGCCCAGCAGCCGGCUGGACAGCAGCUCUUGGUGCUUCGCAGCAGGGGGUGGCUUAGCCAGCAUUCGGCGGACAACAUGCCCAGCCUGUUCCUGGUUCUGGUCAGCUACAGGGUCAGACUCAGGGGGUGCAUUAUCCUAGCCCAAACACUACAGGUUUCCCAUCAGGUGAGGGUAUUCUUGGCUCCGUUCCGUCACCUAUUGUCUGUCAAAUCUGUUUUUCUGCAGGUCACUCUGCCCUUCAUUGUCCCUCUCGCUUUAGUCAGCCGUCUGCACCAGCUCUGUUGACUGCCAAUGGUGACUCUAAUGCUGCUUUAUGGUAUCCUGACUCUGGGGCUUCGGCUCACAUGACUCCUACAGAAGGACAAAAUUUCGGGGAAGGUUCUUCUUCAAGCAUCUAGUCAUGGUCAUCUUUAUCCAAUCAGCCUCAACUCAACGCCACCGCUUGCCUUAUCAUCUUUCACUUCAUGUGGUCCCGUUUUGGCAUCGUAGAUUAGGCCAUUGUGGCAAUUCUGUUUUACGUACUUUAACUAGUCAGAAACAUAUUUGUAGUAGCUCUAGUUUUUCUCAUGAUUGUAUUUCUUGCCGGUUAGACAAAUCUCAACGUUUACCUUUUACGGAUGCUAG